GUAUGGAGUUUUAUUUCAAUUUUGAAAGAACAAAAAUAUAUUUUUUAAAUUAUAUCAGAGUUUUACGGCAAAUUUAUAUGUUUAUAUUUUGUAUAACAAAUAUUUUGUUUAAUAAUUUAAAAAUUGUUUGUGUACGAAUUUCAUUGAGACAAAUUAAACGUAAUCAACUAGAAAAUGGAUGCAUUUAAAGUACCAAAAAAAGUUAAUCGUCAUGUUCUCAAGGCGAUUGACUUUUUAAGCGGUGGUAAAGCGGAUAGAGAUGUGCCCACUUCAAAGAUAUUGGAUCAGGUUAAAUAUCAAAUGAGAAAUUUAGUGCCCGUACCCAAUAUAAAUAUGGUCAUACAAAAAUCUUUAAAAAAUUUAAGUGAUAUUGGUUUGAUUGAUAGAACAGCACCUGAAAGAUUUGCCAUUGGUCAUUCGGCGCCAAAAGCCAACAAAGCUAAAACAGUUAACCGUAAUAUAUUUAAGCCUAGUGGAUCUCGAAAAAGAAGUAACAGUCAAUUGAAUCCUAAUAUCAAACGCUUUCACUUUGAAAGUGAAGAGUCGUUGCCAGGCGAUGAAUACGAUCGCUCACGUAAACGUAUGCGUACCAACAACAAAAAAGUAAAUUACUCUGGUCACAGCACAGAAUUGCCAAAAGCCCGACAACAUUUCCGUUUUAAAAACAUUGCUUUAGCAGAUCCCUUGGCAAGUCCUUCACCCCUCUAUAUGAGAGAUAAUGAAAGUGAUUAUGAUAUCGAUCAAACUUUGGAAAUGGCCGUGUUCAUUGGCCCUACAAUGAAUUCGAAUACAGAUUUGAAUUUAUCAAAUAUUUCUCCAACAAAACCUUUAGAAAUUACUGAAAUUCCAUGGGAAGACCAAGCAAAUGAUUUUAAGCAAACGCCUAAUAAAAGCACACAAAGUAGUUAUGAUAGUGUUGAAACAGCAGGCACUAACUCGAAUACUUUUACGAAUUCACAGUCUAAAGACCAACUAUCCAAGACACGUGUUGUUGAUUCGAAUGUGUCCAGAAACGAAAAAUCAAAAACCUCUCAGCUUCAAAAUUAAAAACCAUUUCCUCGUCAGAUUAAUGACAACUUUAGUUUAUUAUUUUUUUUUCGUUUUCAUUAUUGUUUAAUUAAACUGUGUGAACUGCACUGUUUGUUGUACUCUUUACUGUAUUUUUAUAAAUAAAUUUAAUACAAAGUUCGUAAGUAAA